GAGGCCGGUGGGGAGGCCCGGGGUGAGGGGACUUUCGCUUUGGCGACGCUGUGUGAACGGGCGGCAGUUUCAGCCUGUUGGUUCCGACUGUCACAGUGUCUGAGAUUGUUCCAUUACUGUUGGACAAGGUUUGAAGGCAGUUCUGGGAUAUUGUUUUUGCUUUAUUGAAAUUCCAAGAGAUGGAAAAGCAACACUGGCUUCAGGAAUUGUUUCCUCCCCGCUUCAGUGCUGAGGACCUCUUUGUUAGAGAUAACUCGCAGGUCUUGCUGCUCUCUGAACGCUUUGCUGCCAGCAGAGCGAAAAGAAUUGAAUGUAUUUACCAGCAGGAAAUUAAGUAUUUUCAAGAACAAAAGAAAACAAAGCGAAAAGCCCACAUUAAAGGGCUGAUUGUACAUGAAGUGAAUCCUGUCAAAGAUCAGAUUGGUCAGAAUCACCUUCAGCUGCACAAGUCAGACAAUUCAUGUAAAACUCCCACUCACAGAAUGGAAGAGCAGUGCAUCCGGAGUGCUGGGGAACAAAAAGUUUCAUGUCAAACAACAUGUCAAGAUAUGGAGCAAUGCAAGAUGAAAGCACAACUGGCUCUUGCCCAUUCACAAAUGGCAGAGCUGAAAGCAAAUUGCAAGGAACUAGCAAAGAGUCUGGAAAUGAAGGGGACUGAGCUGUGCAAAGCCCAACAAGAAUUACAGGACAAAGCUCUAAAGCACAUUCAUAACGUCCAAGAAAUUUGUGCAAAAGAUUUACAAAUUCAAGGCCUCAGAGAAGAUCUCUGGAAUGAACUGAUGAAUGCAAGUAAGCUGAGAUCAGAAGUGCAUCGAGCCAGGCUAGAAGCUCAAGAACUCCAACUGGGUAAGGAGAGGCUCCUCUCAUCUUUGGAGCAGCAGGCAUUGCAAUAUCAGUUGGAAAAGACAGUCUUGGUGGAGAAGAUAAAAGAACAAUCUGUAAUUGAGCUGAAGAAACUGCAAAUGGAACUGGAUGUGGUGAAAGCUGAACUACGAGCAGAAAAGCAUCAACAUGUUCGAAGCAAGAAAGAUCUUGAGUUGUUGCGCAAACAUUUUGCUAGUUUACUUUCUUCAAACCCUGCUGAAGCUUUUAACAUUGAAUUUCUGAAUAAAUGAAAUAACUCUGCUUGUUUUGCAAUCAACAUCAGUUGGGUUCAAUUGAUUCAUGCAGCUACAAAUUUCUUGGUUGAUGGCAAUUAGAGUUAAAUUGAUUUUAAGCAUUUAACAUUUUUGUUGACUGAAUACAAACCAAAAUCUAAAUUUCUGGAGAGAUCUGGUCACUUCUGACAAAUAUUUGUAAUCAUUGAAUUCUACGGAACAAAGUGGCUAUUUGGUCCAUCAUGUCUGUGCCAGGUGCUGUGACCUCAGUACAAACCUGCAGUGAAAGUUGCUGUCAACCUGUUAACUGCAGAGUAAUUAAUGUGGCUGUACAGAACAGAAAUGUGGACCGAUGGCAAUGCACCGGAUAAAACCAUAGGCAUUACCUUUUCUUUGUUUUUUAUAUAAGAUAAUGGCUGCAUAAGUAAA